CCGGCGCCGCGCUGGGGGCCGGGCUCUGGGGCCCGGCGUCGGCGGCGGCCUCCUCGUCCCCCGCCUCGCGCCAGGCGGCCCUGAACUACGGCAUGGCGGCGGGCGACGUGGGGAUGGUGGUGGUCGCCCCCGCCGCGUCGUUCCACCACACGCACCACCAUCACCACCACCACGACGCGGCCGCCGCGGCGGCCGCCUCCGACGCCAUCUUCCCGCUGCUCUCCGCCGGCCCCUGCGUGCUCGACCCCGAGGCGGCCAAGGCGGCCGCGGCCGCCAGCGGCGGCAUCCAGUUCUGGCAGUCCGCGCAGCACCAUCAUCAGCAGCAGCACUCGCCGUCGGCCGCGGGCGGCGGUGGCGGCGGCAACCCUAACCCUAGCCUCGGCGCCUUCUACCUCAAGAAGCCCGGCCCGAUGCUCGACCCCGGCGGCGACGGCUCCUCCGGGUCCGGCACCACCACCUGCCAGGACUGCGGCAACCAGGCCAAGAAGGACUGCACCCACAGCCGCUGCCGCACCUGCUGCAAGAGCCGCGGCUUCGACUGCUCCACCCACGUCAAGAGCACCUGGGUCCCCGCCGCCCGCCGCCGCGAGCGCCAGCACCUCGGCGGCUCCUCCUCGUCCCCCGCCAACGCCACCGCCGCCGGGUCGAAGAAGCCUCGCCUCCUCUCCUCCCAGCAGCCCACCACCUCGCACACCUCCACCUCCAACGCCACCACGCCGCGUAGCUACGACACCACCUCCAGCCAUCAAGACGCGUCGUUCAGGGGGAACCUGCCGCGACAGGUGCGGGCGCCGGCGGUGUUCAGGUGCGUGCGCGUGACGUCCGUCGACGACGGCGAGGACGAGUACGCGUACCAGGCCACGGUGACCAUCAACGGCCACGUCUUCAAGGGCUUCCUCUACGACCAGGGCGUCGACGACGGCCGCGCCAGCAAUGACAUCGACUCGAGCACCGGCGGCGCGGUGCCCAACAUGUCCGAGCUCCACCUCGGCGGCGGCGGCAAUGCCGCGAGGGGAGGCGGUGGGGGGUCCUCCUCGAUGGCGCCCUCCGACAUGUACGGCGGUGCUGGCGCCGGAGGAGCAGGCGGAGGGGGAGGAGGCCAGCACAUACUUGGCGGCGGCUCCAGCUAUGGUAACACCAUGAACUGAGCCGAGCUGCUAGAAGAGUAAGAAGAGGCUAGAGGAGAUGCAUGAGGAGGAGAGGAGGCAGGAUCAUUCAUGGUUGCUUCCUGUGCUGUGCUCCACCUUCCUAUCCUACCAGCCAUGGUUUUUUGUGCUAGCCCCCAUAUUGAUUCCCCGUGCCGGAUUGACAAGAUGUGAAAGGAAAGGAAAGAAAGGCGUGUGAAAAGCAAACCCAUGCAUGCCUGAUUUGACACGGUUCACUGCCUGGGAUUGCAGCCUUCUUUCUCCUUUGCUUGCUGGGUGAAAAUCUUGGUCGGCUACACUAUAGCCUGCUUGCUUAAGCUGCUGUUGCAAGUUACCCAGCCGCAUCAUGCACAUGGGCAGGCCAUUCAUGCAUGGCUCAUCAGCCAUGAUGAAGUAUAUGUUAAUUUUUUUGGGAUUGGUGUUAGUCGCUGGGCUAUCUUUUCAUCAUCAAAGCUGCUAUUAUCUCAUGUGCGCGAUGAUGGCGUCCGUCCAUGUCGCCAUGUCGACUGUUGCCAUCCUUUGGGGAGCACGGUUACUGUUCAGCUAUCUUCUUUAUUUCAUCAGCUUGUAGAUGGUAGACUUUGGGGGCUUCGUAGGCCUUGACUCUCUCCUUGAAUCGUGCUGCUGCUUGACUAAUUGUACACCUGCUGCUGCUACUGUUGGACAAGGUUUCCUCCUUUCCUGCCUGAUGUUUCUGUUUCCAUUUAAAUAGUCAUACUAGAUAAGGUGCUGCUAUUUAGUCGCCCUUGGACUUAAUUUGUUCUAUAUGGAAGAAUUUAACACCAGAAUUUUGUCAUUGCACCUGGGCAUAUAAUUGUGUUGUGUUCAGAGACGUGUGUCACUUGACAAACUGGGUCAACAGUGACAGACUGUUGAGGCAUAUAAUUGGCACAAUAAAUUGGCUUGAUAUGUGUAUAUUUAUUUAUAUUAUAUCCGUGAAGGCACGA